AUGAAACCAUUCAUCACUGGCCAUGAGGAUCUCAUCCACGAUAUCAAGUACGACUUCUAUGGAAAACACAUCGCCACAGCUCUGUCAGACCAACAUGUCAAAGUAUUUGAUCUUGAUUCGUCUACCUCUUCAUGGGUUUUGAACGAUCUGUGGAAGGCACAUGACUCACUGGUUGUAAAGGUUUCCUGGGCACAUCCUGAGUUUCUGAGCUCCAAGAUUCUAGCACUGUGUUCGUAUGACAGGACGGUAAAAGUGUGGCAGGAACAGCCAGACGAAUUACAUGGAUCGGGACGUAGGUGGAUAAAGCUUGCUACCUUGGCAAUCGAAUCUUAUGGGCCCAUAUACGAUGUUGUCUUUGCUCCUAACCAUUUAGGUCUAAAAUUGGGAUGUGUAGGUUCAGAUGGGAUCUUCCGUAUAUAUGAGCUGCUUGAGCCUAGUGAUUUGCUGAACUGGGCCUUGACAACUGAAAUCCCUAUCCUCUCUCUGCUGUUGCCUGCUAAAAGCUUACAGAGUAGCUUUGCUAUCGAAUGGUGUCCGGCCAAGUUUGCCAGCACUGAAAUGUUUAUUGUUGUAGCUCUAGACCAAGGUUUUAUCUAUGGAACAGCCCCAGAAGAUUCUCCGGAAAGAGGUACCUUCAGCUACGCGGAGGCUGAGCUGGAAUCCAAAGCAAAGUCACUGAAUAGCAAGUAUAUAAAGUUGUGCAAUCUUCCUGAACACAAUGGGUUGAUUCGCUCAGUGAACUGGGCUCCUUGUAUGGGCCGAAACUUUCAUUUGAUAGCGACAGGGUGUAAGGACGGGUAUGUGCGGAUAUUCAAGGCUACCGAGACGGCAGGGGAGUUGAAGAUAGAGACGCUAGCCAAGUUGAACGAUCACAAGCUGGAAGUCUGGCGGGUCAACUGGAAUAAGACAGGUACUAUCCUCUCGUCUGCUGGUGAUGAUGGUAAGAUCCGGUUGUGGAAGUGCAACUACGUCAAUGAGUGGAAAUGUAUGAGUGUCAUCAACACCAGCAACAGAGGUGUAAAUCGUAUGAUUGAAGAAGAAAGCGUUCCACCGCCUACUAAAUCCAAGUAG